GUCCGUCCGGCGGCGAUGGCCAUGGCGGCGGCGAGGGCGGCGCUGUCCAGGACACCGGCGAGGUUCGUGCAGAGCAGGCUCCGCUCCUCCGGCGGCAAGCUGCUCAGUGAGGAGGAGAAGGCCGCCGAGAACGCCUACAUCAAGAAAAUGGAACAAGAGAAGCGGGCGGUGGCAAGCACUAACAACAGCCAUGUUAGAGGAUCCAACGAGUCCGCAAGCGGCACCGGUAGAGGUGACAGGUCGCCGCUUCCCCGUGAGUGGCUGCGGAGUCUGUGGGUCGAGGAACUGAAAAAGCAGAAGGAGGCGCCUGUGAGGGGAUGGGGAAAACGCGUCGAGGUUGCCAAGGCUGAAGGUGGCGGUGGGGAGGAUCCGCUCGGCUAUUUCGCUAACGCUGCGCGCGCGCUUGUGAGUGCCGGGUCGGACGCUGCGGGGCUUGGGAGGGUGAAGGCUGGGGGAGCCGGCAGUGGCGAGGUGGCGCAGUAUGACAUUCGGGACAUCGGGCACCUAGAGAUUCUGGGGGCCAAACUGAAGCCUCUCCUCUCAAGAGCCAACCUCCUUAUUGCCAGGGAUGUGGAGUGGGCUAAUCUCAUGUUUGCUUUCGAGCAGGAGAGUAGGUAUAUCAUAAUGGAUCCACUGUUUCCUCAAUCUCCUGUUGGAUAUAUUCGAGAGAAAAGCAAUGUCAUCUUUAGGCAGUUACUUAGGUCGAGACGUCCAUUUGUUGCAGAAUUUACUGAUGCAAUGGGUAAUGAGAUAUUUACGGUCCGCCGGCCAUUUUGGUUCAUCAACAGCUCCAUUUAUACAGAAGUGGAUGGCAAGGAGGUAGGUGUAGUCCACAGGCGUUGGCAUCUGUGGCGUAGAAUUUAUGACCUGUACUUGGGGAACAAGCAAUUUGCUGUGGUCGAGAAUCCUGGAUUUUGGAACUGGACCUUUACCCUGAUUGAUGAGGAUGAAAAAGUGUUAGCCCAGAUUGAUCGUAAUUGGAGGGGAAUUGGCUUUGAGCUCUUCACGGAUGCUGGCCAAUAUGCAAUUCGGUUUGGUGAUUCUGGACAAAGCCGUAAAUUUGGUCUUGCUUCCGAUAUCGAAGAACUAGAAGUUGUUCGCCCGCUGACUUUACCUGAAAGGGCCGUAGCUCUUGCUCUGGCGGUAUCUCUGGACAGUGAUUACUUCUCUAGGAGAGGGGGCUGGGGUCUUCCGUUUCUUAUCGCCACAGAGUAGACAAGCAUACAAAUUGCCAUCACUCAGUUCACUGUGAAGCUUAAAUUGCCAGUUGUUGCACUGUUGAUUUCUGAACUCUGGUGGUCUUCUCUAUUGCCACGCCAUUGAGAUCAUCACAGGAGUGUAACGUGUUUUUUUUUGGUUCUGUAACCGUACCUGGGCACUCACUCACUCCACUUGUGCUUCAUAUGAAAUUUGGAGCACGAGUGACCUGAGAAGCUCGGCAGUUUGCAUUGCAUCCAACUAGCUGCUUUUUUGCGACUGGCGUGACAGUUCGAGGAGCAUUGAGGUUAACUAACUAUGAGCUACCACAACAACAACCAACAAGUGUGCUACAUGCUCGACGAAGGAGACUAGUAAAUGAUGACCUCAAGUGAUGUGAGCUACAUACGCCUGCACCGACAAGUGUCACGCAAUCCUCCUCAUCUUCUCAGAAGAAGUGGCCUGAUUCCCUGGGUGCCACCGUGGCUGCACGAUACUCCCUUGGUACCAUUUGCAGAUUGUGCUUAUCCAAGGAUCUCUGUUGGUCCCAUCUAGCAUGGGAUCCCUCGCUGGAGGCGAAUGUGCUGCCAUUGUUUCUCCGUUAUAAACUGGAUGUUAAGCGACCAGAGAUGGAUGAACCUCCCUUUCCACGCUCCGACC